AGAGAGAGGGAGAGAGAGGGAGAGAGAGGGAGAGAGGGGGAGGGGGUGCAGCAGUGCCCUGGAACAGUUAAGAUCGGCCCCUCUUUUGAUAUGGACACAAGUUCCUGAUCACUGCAGUGGGUUGUGGAGGCUCAUCCAGAGGAUGGUAUCACUCUGCCACUAUCUGCACACUGUGGGAACUUGAUAAGCAUGGAAGACCUGUUGAUCUGAACAAGCAACAGAAGAAAGCUAACUCUGAUUUUAAAAAACAAAAUAUGAAUGAAGUUAAAUAAGCUGGACAGAACCAGCACUGUAAAAGAACAUCAAGAAUACUGAAGAGGUUCAGGGUUCAGGCAGAGACUGUGACCUGUAGUUUGACAAUUUACAUUAAUGCAACACAGAGAAUCCUUGGAUCUGUGACCUUUAUCCAUAAUUCCCACAACUACCCACAAGCUAAGUUGUAAAAUACUUCAAAGAGAUGGACAGGCCUGCAUUUUAUCACCUUGUGCUGGCUCUGGCUGGACUCCUCCUUCUGUCUCCACUGGUGGUCAGAAGCCAGAAUGACACUGAGCCUAUUGUUCUGGAGGGGAAAUGUUUGGUAGUGUGCGACUCCACUCCUACCACAGAACCAGCCAGUAAUGCACUGGGCAUGUCAGUGCGCUCUGGUACUGGACGAGUGGCCUUUUCAGCCAUUCGCAAUACUAACCACGAACCUUCAGAGAUGAGCAACCGGACGAUGACCAUCUACUUUGACCAGGUCUUGGUGAACGUCGGCAGCCACUUUGACCCAGCGAGGAGCAUCUUUCUGGCACCUAGGAAAGGCGUUUACAGCUUCAGCUUCCAUGUGGUCAAAGUUUACAAUAGACAGACAAUACAGGUAAGUCUAGUGUUGAAUGGAUGGCCAGUGAUAUCUGCAUUUGCAGGUGACCAGGAUGUGACACGCGAGGCGGCAACCAAUGCAGGGUUGGUUACCAUGGAGAGAGGGGACAAGGCCUACCUCAAACUUGAGCGAGGAAACCUGAUGGGCGGCUGGAAGUACUCCACUUUCUCUGGGUUUCUUGUUUUCCCUUUAUAGAAGGCGCUAGCAGAGAAGGAGAACAAAUCUAAUUGAACUGAACCUACAGAUUCAAAGAAAUCCCAGCUAUGAUCUCAAAGAAUUCUUGAUGUACUUACCCUUCUCCUCUUCUCUGUCUUGUGCUGGUGAUUUCAGUAGCUGUUCCUUAUCAUCACAUUUGCAUGGCUUCAUCCUAAAGGCCCUCUGAACCAGAUCAUGAAGACACUUGGACAAACUGGUGACAUCAUCCAAUGUCUGAUGUGGCCAUUUUAUUAAGAUCAAAGUGCAAAUGGAAACAGGUGGAUACAUGGCCACAGACUUGAUUCUAUUUAUUAUCACUAGCGCCAUCUGUUAAUCUGGCAAAACAGGUCAGAAGAGAGCCAGAUACAUUUCUAUGAUCAGGUUGCCAAAGGACUGCAGGUUCCAAUGUAAAUCUUGGCUAUGGUCAUGCAUAUUAAAGUUUUGAUGUUUGUAUUGGCACAGAUCCCUUGAUCCAUGUCCUGUUUAGCCAGUAUGGGGUAUAGCACAUUACAUAGAGGCCAAGUGGAAUGCUUAGACAUGCAUAUUCUUAAAAAUAAAGGUUUCUAAAAAGGUUCUCAGCUUGUAGAACUAAAAAAAAAACAUUAAACUGGUAUAUAACCUAGAAAUAUGUGUAAGGACCAGGGUUGGUGACCACUGCCCUAUGGCACUUCUCCAAAGAACUUUAAAAGUGUGUAACUAUACAGAACAAUGGAAUGUCGUCUUAGAAUUUCCUGUCCUUUAAUUAAACUACUAUUUAGAAGAUUUA